GUUUAUAGGAGGCUGAAGACAGGAGAGGAACAUGGAGGAAGACAAAAUGACAGGUCUUCGAAAUAAGCUCAAAGAGGCUGAAUCAGAGCGACUGAAAGCUGCUCAGUAUGGCCUACAGCUCCUGGAGAGCCAAACUGAAUUGCAGAAUGAAUUGGAUCAGUGUCGUCAUGAGCUGAUGGCCGUGACUGAGAAAUAUGAACAAGAAAAAUACACUCUUCAGAGAGCUGUGGAGCUUAAGAGCCGCAUGCUAGAGAGUUUGAGCUGUGAGUAUGAAGCCAUGAAGCAGCAGCAGAAGCUGCAGCUGGAGCAGCUGGAAGAGCAGCUGGGCCGACGACACUCCCAAGAGGCAGAGGAGCUCAGAGGCAAGUUGGGAAGGCUGGAGGCAGACCUGGACGAGGCCAGGCUCCGUGAGAAGCAGCUGGGGCACAAGGUAGAGCACCAGAAGGAGCUCCUGGCGCAGAAGGUGGAGGAGCUGCGGCUCGUGUCCGAGCGCCGGCAGGAGAGUACCCCCUCGGAGACGCUGGCCCUGCGGAAGGAGCUGUCUGACGUGGCACGCCUGAAGGCGGGCCUGGAAGAAGAGGUGCACGAGCUCCGCUACGCUCAGGAGAGACUGGAGCAUCUGAGCGCCGACUUGAUGCGCCAGGCAGAGCAGCUCAGGGCAGAGAAGGAGGAGCGGGAGAAGGAAGCGGCGUCCUACUACAGCGCCCUGGAGAAAGCACGGGUGGAGAACCAGGAUCUUCAGCUGCAGCUGAGUCAGGCCCUGCAGCAGGCGCUGGACCCCAACAGCAAGGGCAACUCCCUGUUUGCGGAGGUAGAAGAUCGGAGGGCGGCCAUGGAGCGGCAGCUCAACAGCAUGAAGGUCAAGUAUCAGACGCUGAAGAAGCAGAAUGCCUUCUACCGAGAGCAGAUGCAGCGGAUGAAGUUACAAAUUGCCACGUUGCUACAAAUGAGAGGGUCUCAGGCAGAGUCUGAGCAGCAAGAGCGGUUGUUUACCAUGGUGGAGCAGAAGAAUGGGGAGAUAAAGCAUCUUCUAGGGGAGGUUAGAAAUCUGGAGAAAUUUAAGGAGUUGUAUGAGAGCGUGAAGCAGAAGCCCCCGGCAGAGGCCAGCCCCUCCGCUCCGCAGGACAGCAGCUACUACACAGACUUGCUGCAGCUGAAGAUCCAGGAGCUGAACAAAGAAAACGAGAGUACCCGAGGUGAGCUGUCCAUCCAGCGGAUGAAGGCCUUGUUUGAGAGCCAGCGCUCCCUGGAUUUUGAGCGAAAACUCUUUGCCCAGGAAAGGUGCCUGCAGGUUGUGGAAAGUGAGAACAUGAAGCUGAGAGCCAGGCUGGAUGAGUUAAAGUUGAAGUACGAACCCGAAGGUAGAUACGUCUCCGCCAGCUCCGCCAGGUUAGCUGCUGAUUCAAGGCUUCAAGCAGAAGUUAAGGAAGAAGAAGAAAACUCAGUCAAGGUGGGAAAGGAGCCGUGUAAGAAGUCACACCCCGUGAUGUACGUGUCUUCCAAGCCGGGGGCGGCGCAGGCACAGUGCGCACAGCAGUAGUCGGGCCCCCAGGGCCAGGCGUCCCCGCCGGGAGGUGGCCGCCCGAGGUUCACACCGGCUGGCAGACGCUUGGCAGCACCCCUCCCUGUGGCUGCACUGCUAACCUGAGAAAUCCCACGCGAUGGCCCCUCCCAGGGCUUCUGUGAAUCACAGAGAACUGGUUAUUAUCAGAAGGAAAAUGAUCAUUAAUGUACGUCUAUUUUCUGUCUUGGAUGUGAAACUUUCAAGUGAUGUGAUCACAUUUAAAAAGAGAACGCUGACCUUGUUAAAUACUGUAUUUUCCUUUCCGCAAUUUUUAUGACCUUAGUUUUUCGCUGUUGUAAAAAUAGAGACUUUUGUUUGAAAGCA